AUGGCGAUGUCAAAGCAGGACAUGGAGGAGGCGAACUCGAUGCAGAGAGGCAAAGUUCAUGGGCCGUUCGUGAUGGAGACAAUGGUAUGCCAGAAAACCCACAUGUUAACCUCAGAGGGGGUUUUCUUGGGCAGUGAUCCUUUUAAUUACGCAGUGCCACUUCUCUUGGUGCAAAUGGCCGUCAUCAUCCUCACCUCACGGCUUCUCUUCCGCCUCCUCAAGCCUUUGAAGCAAGGCAUGAUCUCUGCCCAAGUCUUGGCUGGUAUAAUCCUAGGACCGUCUCUUUUUGGCCAAAGCAAGACAUACAUGGACAUGUUCCUUCCCAUGAGCGGCAAAAUCACUUUACAAACGCUCUCAAACGUCGGUUUCUUCAUCCAUCUCUUCUUACUCGGGCUAAGAAUCGACGCUAGCAUUCUCCGGAAGGCUGGUUCCAAAGCCAUGCUUAUCGGUACAGCCUCUUAUGCCUUCCCCUUCUCCCUCGGUAACCUCACCGUCCUCUUCUUGAAAAACACUUACAAGCUCCCGCCGGACGUUGUUCACUGCAUCAGCACAAUGAUCUCCCUCAACGCAUUGACCUCAUUCCCCGUCACCACAACCGUCUUAGCUGAGCUCAACAUUCUUAACUCUGAUCUUGGACGGUUAGCCACAAACUGCUCCAUUGUCUGUGAGGCCUUUAGCUGGAUUGUCACACUCGUUUUCAGAAUUUUCUUGCGAGAGAGAACACUAGCUAGUGUUUGGUCUUUCAUUUGGAUCAGCAUUCUUGUGGUCGGGAUUUUCGUGAUCUGCAGACCAGUCAUCAUCUGGUUGACGGAAAGAAGAAGCAUUACGAUCGGUAAACAAGACGAGAUCCCAUUCUUCCCGAUCAUAAUGGUCUUGCUGAUGGUAAGCAUGUCCUCCGAAGUGCUCGGCGUCCACGCAGCGUUUGGAGCGUUCUGGCUCGGAGUAUCGCUCCCUGAUGGGCCUCCAUUAGGAACCGGGCUCACAUCCAAGCUUGAGAUGUUUGCGUCGAGCCUUAUGCUGCCUUGUUUCAUCGCCAUUAGUGGAUUGCAGACCAAUUUCUUCCUGAUCGGAAAGAGUCACGUGAAGAUCAUAGAGGCCGUAAUCCUUAUCACAUACGGCUGCAAGUUCGUAGGAACUGUAGCCGCUUCCGCUUAUUGCAACAUACAGUUCACUGACGCAAUUUCUUUAGCCUUCUUGAUGUGUUGCCAAGGAGUCAUCGAGAUCUAUACAUCCGUCAUGUGGAAAGACGAAAAGGUUCUUAACACAGAAUGCUUCAAUCUUCUUAUAAUGUCGAUUUUGCUUGUGACCGGUAUUUCGCGGUUCCUUGUCGUAUGCCUCUACGACCCAUCAAAACGCUACAGAAGCAAGAGCAAGAGAACAAUCCUCAACACGAGACAACGAAACCUUCAGUUCCGUCUUCUCCUCUGCGUAUACAACGUCGAAAACGUGCCUUCCAUGGUUAAUCUUCUUGAAGCUUCUUACCCGACACGAUUCAGCCCGAUCUCUGUCUUCACGCUGCAUCUCGUUGAGCUCAAAGGCCGAGCGCACGCGGUGCUCAUGCCGCAUCAUCAGAUGAACAAACUCGAUCCCAACACGGUCCAAUCCACGUACAUUGCCAACGGUUUCCAACGGUUUGAACAGCUGAACCAAGGAACUCUAAUGGCUCAGCAUUUCACAGCUGCAGCUCCAUUCUCAAGUAUCAAUGACGACAUUUGCACACUCGCCCUCGACAAGAAAGCGGCGCUCAUCGUCAUCCCAUUCCACAAACAGUACGCGAUAGACGGGAACGUUGACCAUGUGAACCCGGCGAUCCGUGCCAUAAACAUGAACGUGCUGGAAAAGGCACCUUGUUCGGUCGGGAUAUUCAUCGACCGAGGAGAAACAGAAGGCCGCCGCUCGGUCCUCAUGAGCCACACAUGGCGGAACGUGGCUGUGAUCUUCAUAGAAGGCCGAGACGAUGCGGAAGCACUCGCGUUCUGUAUGAGAAUCGCCGAACACCCGGAAGUGAGCGUCACGAUGAUCCAUUUCCGGCACAAGAGCUCCCUCCAACAAAACCACGGAGUAGAAGAGGAAUCCGGAUUCUCGGAAACUCACCUUAUAAACGAUUUCAAGAACUUCUCGAUGAACAAACCCAAAGUUCGUUACAGAGAAGAGAUAGUGAGAGAUGGCGUGGAAACCACGCAAGUGAUUAGUUCACUUGGAGAUACAUACGAUAUGGUUGUAGUGGGUCGUGACCAUGACCUCGACUCGUCGGUAUUGUACGGGCUAACGGACUGGAGCGAGUGUCCUGAGUUAGGUGUGAUCGGAGACAUGUUUGCGUCGACGGAUUUUCAUUUCUCAGUACUAGUGAUUCAUCAGCAAGAAGGAGAGUCUCUAGCGAUGGAUAAUAGCUAUAAAUUGCCAAAUUCACCUUCAAGGGGAAGUGAUCAAAGAGUGCACCCACGUUUCUCUGUUGAAGAAGGGUUUACUGCGAUUAAUCUUCACAACAACCGUUAA